GUGAUGACGCAAUCACUGCGCGACGAUGCCUAAGAAGGUUUAUAUGAGUUCCCAGCAGGUAGUCAAACGAUGACAACAAAUUUAAAACAGGCCUUAAAAACCCACUUUGGGUUCGACAGCUUCAGGUCUAAACUGCAGGAAGAUGUUGUUAAAGCAGUCCACAGAGGUGACAGGGAUGUGUUUGUGUGCAUGCCUACUGGAGCAGGAAAGUCGCUCUGCUACCAGCUGCCUGCAGUGCUGGCCGAGGGCAUUACUCUGGUUAUAUCCCCGUUAAUCGCCCUCAUUCAGGACCAAGUGGAUCACCUGAAAGAGUUAAACAUCCCUGCCUGCUCCAUCAACUCUAAGCUCCUAGCGAAUGAGCGCCGUUUGAUCCUGGCCGACCUGGGGAGCAGCAACCCGAAGCUAAAGCUCCUCUACAUCACUCCAGAGAUGGUUGCCUCGCCCUCGUUCCACCCCUGCCUGAUGGACCUGUGCUCCCGUGGCUUGCUGUCUUACCUGGCUGUGGAUGAGGCUCAUUGCGUCUCGCAGUGGGGCCAUGAUUUCAGACCAGACUACCUCAAGCUGGGUGAACUGCGGGCUCGACUGCAAGGAGUUCCCUGUUUGGCCUUAACAGCAACAGCACCCAAGAAUGUACAGGAGGACAUCAUUCAGUCCCUGAAGCUGUCCUCGCCGCUUUCUUUUCUUACACCCGUCUUCCGGAGUAACUUGCACUACGAUGUGAUUUUCAGGGAGCUGCUGCCAAACCCCUACGUCCACCUUCAUGCCUUCAUUAAGAAAACAUUAUCACUUGGAGCUGGAUCUAAUGGACAGGGCUGUGGGAUUGUGUACUGUCGGACCAGGGAAGGCUGUGAGACGGUAGCUCACCAGCUGACGAAGCUUGGAGUCGUAGCUAAGCCGUAUCACGCAGGUUUGAAGCCAACAGAUCGGACAGGGGUGCAGAAUGAGUGGAUGCAGGGGAAAGUGCUGGUUAUUGUGGCUACCAUCAGCUUUGGCAUGGGAGUAGAUAAGGCCAAUGUCAGAUUUGUAGCUCACUGGAACCUCGCUAAGUCUCUGGCCAGCUACUACCAAGAGUCUGGGCGAGCGGGGAGAGAUGGCCUGCCCUCCGCCUGUCGCACAUACUACUCCCCGAGAGAUAAGGAGCAAAUUAAUUUCCUCAUUCGCCAGGAAGUGGCAAGAAAGCAGGAAAAACGGGGCUUUGCAAAGGACAGUGACAAAACAGCAAUGACUGACUUUGAAGCCAUGGUGUCUUUUUGUGAACAAGAAGGUUGCCGCCAUGCCACCAUCUCAAAGUUUUUUGGCAACACGGCGCCGAACUGCGCGGGGGCCUGCGACUACUGCCGUAACCCCAAGUUGGUGCGAGCCCAGCUGGAGAGAGCGGCCGCGCUCAGCACCAAGAUCGGAGCGGCUCAGAGCAGCGAGCCCAAGGGAGCGUUCGGCUUCCAGCCGGACACUUAUGGAGGAGGAAAGAAGGGUUACGGCUUUGAAAGGUAUGAUGAAGGGGAAGGCUAUAGUGAAGAUGAUCCUUUAAAGAGGAAGAAGGAGUUUUCUGAGCUUUUCAAGAAGCAGAUGAGCAUGCGGAAGGGUAACGACAGCAGUCAGAGGGAAGAGUUUGUUCCUCCAGAUAUUGACUGCCCGCUCAGAGAGGCCAGCAGCCAGAGGAUUCCCAAGCUCAGUGUAAAGGCCAGAGAGCACUGCCUGUGCCUCCUGCAGGAGACACUUCAAGGCCAGCAGGGGGCAGAAGAUGCACUCAACUCUGACAGUCUGUCCUUGGCGGUGGAUAUUGAACACGAGGUCUUCAGAAACAGCAAGUCCUCUAACUUGUACAAAGCUGCGGUGCUAAAGAAGGUAACAGAGAUGAAGAAAGCGGCACCUGCUUCAGCAGGCCGAGAUAAAGGAGAAGGUGCUAGGAGCAGCAGCGGCAGCGAUUCCAGAGAAACGGAACUCAAAGAGGCUGGAUCCUCCUCUUCAUCCUCGUUUUCUGAUGAGCCGCAGGGGUUCACGCUGGCAUCUGAGGUGUACUCGCUGAAGCGUAAGAGGGUAGGGGCAGGCCAACGGGGCUCUUCUAACCCCUUCAUAACUGCUAAGGAUUUAAUAAACCCCUCCAUGUUGAACACGGGGGCUAACAAAGGGAGGACAAGCGGUGGAUUUUUCAAUGACUGCUCAGGAGAAACCAUUACGCAGGGAAAAGAAGCCAACACAUAUGCCUCAUCGUCCAUCAAAGCCAAAGCAAAUGCCGUCACGACCUCCCUGAGCAGCCCGACUAAAGGAGGCAGAGCCAUGAGCAAGAAGCAGCAGAAACUGGCAGAAGCAGCAAAGAGUUCACACAACAUUUCUAAUUUUUUCAUGAAGAAACAAACUCCAGAGAAAAGCCAGGAUGAGGAGGAGAUGCCGAGGGAGCCCGAAGUCGCUUUAGCUCUCGCUCCAGCUUCAAACUCCCAGGAAAACAUCAACCAGGAACCACAUUCACCUGCUGCAUCGGAAGGAGGAGAGAACAGCGCUGCACAGUCAGAGACUGAGGAUGUGAUCCUCGUAGAAAGCAAAUCUGAGAUAAUCGUUAUACCUGAUGAUGACGAGGAGGAUGGAGCUGAGAUUGCAGAACCAGUUCAAGAGACAGCUGAGCAGGACCUGACGUCCAUCACAGAACAAAACAAAGAUGAAGAAGAACUUAAACCAAGUGAAGAAGAGGUUAACUCAAGUGAAAUUCCCGGGGUGACAGAUGACAUGAAAACGAUGACGGAGUCUCCCCCUCCGGCGAAACGCAGCCGGCCUGCGAAUGGGAGCAGCAGGAGAGUAACCUUCAACCCCAACGUGCAGGAGAGAGCCCUGCACCCGGUCACUGACUUGCCCAAGCCUGUAAUGCUGAAGGAAGCAGCUGAUAUCGUGGUCCGCUACCUGGACCCUUUUUAUACUCAGGGAAAGUUUGCCACAAAGGAGCUGUUUAAGUCUUUCGCUCGCUACUUGUCUCACCUUCUUACAGAGGGAAGGAGCAGGGGGAAAGGCCAAGUGAAAGCAGAGGCCAAGGCUCUCAUCAAGAAGUUCUUCAGCACCAUCCAGCGCUGUGAGAGCGAGGCAGACUGGAAGCACCUCAAAAGACCGCACAGCUGUAAAACCACAGCGAACAGUGAAUGAAUGGGGGUGGAUGUGUGUAGCCCUUCCUCUUUAACAGUGCCUAAACUUCUCCGGUUACGAUGACCUCAGGCUUUGUCACAGAUGCCUGUUGACGAGGUUUACGGUCCACUUGCUGCUGUUUAGUUCUUCUUUUUAAAUUUUUUCCAGGCUGGUUGCUGAUACUGUAACUUAGGUUAAUAAUUAGUAAGCAAUAAAACAGGGACAGUUUACAGCCUUAAAGAUCAGACAUAGAAGCAUGUGUGAAACUUCUUUUUUUUCCCCACUGCAAACUGCGUGUAAUUCACAUGGUCUUAUUGCAUCACAGUGCAGAGUUAUGCAGACCCAGUGGUGCUUGGAGCAGGAAGCCAGCUGAGGUUUUUCACAGGCUUCGCAUAGCAGGAAAAGCAGAGGUGUAAUUAUUGGCAUUCAAACAACUGCGUGCGAUUUUAGGCGAGCUGGUUUGGGGAUCUUCCGUUGUUGCCAUACUGGAACACUUAAUCCCUUCUCUUUUUGUCUGCGUUUUUAUGUGACAAGUAAAGGUGUGUGUCAGAAAGCAAAAAUACUGGAAUUGCUAUACAGUGUCUGCAGCUGUCUGUUCAGGAAAUAUUAAAAAUGCCAUCACAGCUAUCCUCUGAUAUCUGUCACGUUUCGAGAUGACCUUUGUGGUUGGAUGGUGUGUAUAAAGAUGGGGUCAUGAAGGGCAAAAAGACUUUGAAGCUGUUAUUAUUUUUUUUUAAUAAAUUUAUAUGUUAAGCCAUGAUUUCCCUGUUGGUGUUUCUCUGACACAAAAUGAUUAGAAAGUUCAAAGUAAGUUACUGAGAUUUAUCCUCUGGGGACCGUGUGUGUGUGUGUGUGUGUGUGUGUGUGUGUGUGUUUUGAGUCAAUGGGGGAAUAAAAUGUACAAAAACACGUUUUAAUGCUUAUAUUUCUGGCAGACUAUUUUACUUGCAAUUACAUUUUAUGUUAGUUUUUUUUGUCUUAAAUACUGGAAUCUUUUUUUCUUUUUUCUUUUUUUUUGAUUCAUGCCAUCUACUGUGAAACUGUCCAGCUUGAAUUUUCCUGUAUUUAAAAAUAUUCUUUCUCUCAGCAGGGGGAGAAUCUGUGAUGCAGGGCAUUUUAUUUUUCUUUUCCUUUCCUACAACAUGGUUUCUAAUGAUGAAAGCAUAUAAAAGGCGACAGUAUCAGUCCCCACAGUCGGGAAGAAACCCAAAGCAAAGAUGGCCACUGAGGCCCGGCUAUGGAGAGUCCCGGUGGCCACAGUGGAGCCACUCUGUGCUGUAGAUUGUUCACAAUAAAGUCUGUGUCGAAUACAAAGGCCAAAACACAGUGUGAGACGUCUCUUAUUAUUGUUGUUAUUAUUAACUGUACAGGAGA